AUGGUAGACACACUGCACCCACCUCCUUCGGUUAUUGCUUCUUGGCCAAAACCGAACUAUGUCAAUCCUGACACCAGAGGGCCGGGCCUUGUGUACAUGUGCAUCAUAUUCGCCGCCUUUGGCAUCAUCACAUGCACGGCCCGAGUAUACUCGCGACUCUUCAUCACCAAGGCGCCUGGCUUGGACGAUCUCCUGGUAGUCAUUGCCCUGGGGUUCCUUACAGCCUUGACCGUGCUGGUCAUAAUCGGCAAUAAAGACUACUACAACGGCCGGCACGUAUGGGACAUACCACCAGACAGCUUUGUUGGUGGGCGUGCCAACAUCUGGGCCAGCUUGUGGUGUUAUGUGAUCGGGAUCACCUUGAUCAAGAUUUCUGUCCUGUUAUUCUACCGCCGUCUCAGCGUCAAGUUCAGCAGGGCUUUCCUGAUCGCGACCUGGAUCGGCAUCAUUUACAAUGUUUUGUAUUUUCUCUCCUUCGGCCUGACGCUUUUGCUGCUCUGCAACCCACUCCACGCAUAUUGGGACAGCUUCAACCCUCUCUGGGUCGCAAAACACCACUUCCACUGCGGUUCCGAGAGUGCGGCUCUCCCUGCGUCGUCGGCCUUCAGUGUAGCGGGUGAUUUCUACAGUACGCUGCUGCCACUGAUCUUGGUCUACUAUCUCGAACUGCCCCGCCGACAGAAGAUCGCUCUGUAUGCCCUCUUUGCACUUGGAUUCAUGGCAGUCGCCGCUGGACUAGUCCGGACUGUCCUGAUGUACAAUUUGCUGAACGUCGACUACGACUUCACGUGGGAAUUGUGGCUGACAUGGAUCUGGGCGGUUCUAGAGCUGUACUUGGCGCUCUUUGCAGCCAGCGCUCCAAGCCUGAAGCCUUUCUUUCGACAUUUCUUUGUGGAAUCCAUCAACAGCUUUGCGCGGGGUUCGCGAAGACGUGGAGAAUACGGCAACAAUAACAGUCAAAGGGCUGCAGCAGAACCCAUGUCCAGGAAAGGAUCAGUAGGAGGCACCGGGCCAUACGCCACAGAGGCAACCAAAGGCGACGUCAACGUGGACCUCUCCGCUGCUGACGUCGAACGGGGUAGAGGCAGCUGGGAAGAGCCCAACGAAAGGAUGGAAUCCCGGCAGAGUUGGUUCCUGGCGGAUAAUGAAGAUACGGGAACGAAGCAUUUCGAACUGCGCGCCAGCCAGGACGGGAAGAAGAUGAUCCCCAUGCGCGUGUACAAGCGCAGUGACUACUACAACCACAAUAAUGACGGCUACAGCGGCCCCCAAGGGCAUUUUGACCCCUUUGCCGACGUCGAUGACCGCAGCAACUACUCGAAUUCGCACUCGGCGACGACGGCGCUGCCACAGCGGCCAGAUUGGCCAUUGACGCUGCCCACAAUGGGCACAGAACCGCAGCAUGAGCCGCGCGAGUUCUUGGCUAAUCCGCGGCUGUCAACUUACCAAGAACAUAUAUAA